AUGACAAAGGUCGCUUCUGUCUUUGGAGAGAUGAACCUAAUUCGACCGAGUCGGCUCGAAGGAAGAAAAAUCGGAAGCCCUAUCCAUGGCUCAGAUGGUCCGCGUCUGUCCGUACCGAUGCGAGAUAAUGUCGGCUAUAGACCUUUGACCGAUUCAAUCCCAAAGGUAAAGAAGCAAUUGCUGGCCAUAGCUAAUGAAAAGGAUGAAGACGACCAGGAGAGACUUAUGGAUUUCGUACGACAAUAUGGAGCAUAUAUCCAAAUGGCGGACGAUGAGAUGGACUUUGGCAUGGGGCUAGAAUUCGGGCACGAUCUAUUCCUUUGCAACGCUCCACGGCUAGACAAGGCUGCAUCAGUCAUCUUGGGAAAGGCUUAUGAAAUGUUGGGAAGAACUGAAUUCGCAUCGAUACUACGCGUCCAAUGCGAGGAACAAAAUCGUCGGAGAAAGAAGCUAUCUAUGAUU